AUGGGCAACCUGGUGUCGGCGAGCGCGGGCGGCGGCAAGAUCGUGCUGCCCGACGGGAGCGUCCGGGCUUUGGGCGGCGAGACCGUGUCCGUGGCCGAGCUCAUGGUGGAGCACCCGCGCCACUUCGUGGUGGACGCGCGCCUCGCGGCGUCCGGCGGAGGGGCCAAGGUCGCCGCGCUGCCGGCCGACCACCUGCUGGACGGUGCCGGGGUGUACGUCGUGCUCCCGGCCACCCGGGGCAGGGUCUCCGCCGACGAGGCCCGGCGAGCGCUCACGACGUCGCGGCUGCUUGCGCGGUGCCGGUCGAUGCCGGCCAGCGCACAGGAGCAGCGGGGCGAGGCGGCGCCGUUGCUGGGCGGGCUCGGUGACCAGCAGCCGGAGUUCCUGAGCCAGGAGCUGACGCGCAGCGGGCCAUGGAAGCCCAGCUUGAAGACGAUCGAAGAGCGCGUGCUGCCGAGGAAGGUGCCUCACUGGCUCUUCUGACGCCAAUCGACUCGUGCAGCUGCAAACGAAUGUGAUCUUGUUUAUAAAAAUAAAAAAUGGCAUGUGAUUAGAGACUC